AUGGGUGUUGAAUUGGCAGCCGAAUGUCACCUGGACCGAAGCCGACAAGCUGCUGCACUUUUAGCCGCGCAGAAAAACGAUGUUGCAGCACUUGGAGCCACCUGCUAUAAGCUUAACAGCUUACAGGUACAGUUUCUGCUCACCCAUUUCUAUGCCCAAGAUGGUGAGAUUCCAUGCGAUAAUGAUGUCAUUACACGGAUUGUUGGGCUAGCUGAGCGACAGGCGGACCAUCUUACAUUACAGGAUGGGCACCCAAUCACGCUAGCCGAAUCAGAGCAACUGCUUCUACCAUUCCUGCUUCCACAAGACGGAUAUACUGCCGAGCAACUUCGUGGUGUGCCCGAUGGACUUGUCCAGUACUUGCUGUCACUGCAGGACAAAGGCUUGUGCCAUUCAGUGUCUGUACAAGACCCGAGUUUGACCACAUGGCGUGCAUCGCCUUUAGUGAACAAUGCGACUGUCAUCCAACGACCACCUGUUCAUGCUGCACCUGGGCCCUCACCACAGUUGCCACUGAAGUCUGCAGUUCAACGAACUCCUUCGCAGUCUACGCUAACCAGCUUGCCAACUACACACUUUGGGGAUAGCUUUGGCAGUAUGAAUGACGACGUGACACGAGUGGUGUUGAAACGAGGUACAGGUGGAAUUGGUCUCAGUAUUGUGGCUGCUCAGGUUAGGAAAUUCACAACAUUACAUUUGAACUGCUUACUUGAUUAG